AUGGAGGGCUCGCCCCCGAGGCACGGCGCGUGGGUAAGAGACGCCGAACUCCAGGAGGAUCCGCUUACGCGCUUCCUACUGCGGUGGGACGAGUUUGAGGUCGGGACACGGGCGCUGUCCGACAGGAACGGGACGCAGGUAAUGAUGGGCAAGGACAAAGAGCCGCUCGGCUCGGAGAAGGGCCGUGGGCUCAACGCGGAGCUCGAAGGCGGGGACGAUGAGCUGCGGCUCGCGUUUGGGCAGGGGCUGUGGGGCGGCAGACUGCCAGACGACUGGCAGGUGAUAGACGCGGAAAUGUACGCGGUGCUGGCUUACCUGCGUAAGAUGGCGACGGCGGAAGAUGCGGCGGACAGGAGGUGCCUCGUCUUGAGCGACUGCAAGCCCGCGCUACAGCAGAUCGAGGCGGCGUACCGAAAAGGCUCUCUCGAGGGGCUCCGAGAGUGGGAUCGAGGAGGGGCGGGGGUCACGGGGCCGCUGUGGAGCGACGUGGUCAGGGGGACGACGAGACACAAAUGGGACAAGCGCCAGCGGAUCAAGGAUCAGCACGGCGAGCGUGAGAUACAAUUCGCCGACGUGGAUGAUCACAACGUGGUGACAAAGACCGUCAUGGGAGCGCGGGUGCGGCAGCAGGCGGGGGUGCCACACGGAGCGCACCACGAGAGGAUCAUGCGGGGCGAGGCGGGGAGGGAGACCCCGGGCGCCGCCACAAGGAGCGAACUCAGGGGCUGCCUCGUCUGUAAGGCCGCGAGGGACGCGGCGAGGAGGGCAGCACUAAAGCGGGACCCGCUGUGUCCGAUCGUGCGGAAAGCCGCGCAGCAAUGGACCGAGGAAGAUGAGAACCCGCCUAGAGCGACAAUGGCGCACGUGCUUAGCGGCGCCUGCCUGGGGAAUAGGGAGCAGGCCAGAUGGUUCCUCAGAGUAGCGCGAGCGCAGACAGGGACGGCGAUCAGCAAAGUGGCACAGGCGGCACCCGACUCCAAGGAGACGCUGAAGACGCUGAGGAUGGCGCAUGUCGCUGCGCUGAAGGGCUCACGCUACAGGGUGCUGGAUGAGGACGGGUACGAUACACUGGCCCCCGCAGUCGGGGGGGUGUUGCCAGCACUGGUAGAUGACCUCUCGGAGAAGAGCCGAAGGGACCUUGGCACCGGGGUCACGAGGAACUUGCAAGUCGUGGCCGAGGCGGCGACGGGAGCGGUGCAGAGGUGGAUACAGCUCAAUGACGAAGCAACGGCGCGCAUAAUGAAGAGAGAGGAACACAUCGAGUGGCUGAGGAAGCUCUUCGCUGGGUGGAAGGAGGCCCGCCCGGUCUUGAGGGAGUCGCGGAGGAGGAGGGAUAACGGAGGCAACGUGCAGACAGGCCAACAGCCAGUGGGACGAACGAGGGCCGCGACGGCGGCUCAAGCGGGAGGGAGCGGAGACGGUGGGCAGAGAGCGAAGUGGGUGAGACUGAUGAUGCUCCUUCGACUUCGGGAGCGGUUCCGCUGCUGGGCGAGCUUCAGGAUGGUGCUCACGCGAAAAGGAAUCGACGCGACGUACAAAGCAUACAAGAAGAGGAGAAAGAAGAGGAGAGGCGCCAGUGAUGACGAAACAGAAGCUAGUGCAGACGAGGGCAGGGCAGACCCGGGGACGGCGGAGGCGGACCAGGCGGCAUCGACCGCCGAGGGAACGUUGGGAAGAGGCACGAGGAGGGCGGCGACCUCAACCGACUAUGGAGGACCCGUCACCAGACGACGCAGGGCGGACGACGGUGAGGCGGAGCAGUCGCGCAGGGCGAGACGAGGGAGGGAGCAGGACGUUGCGGAGAUCAGCAGGAGGAUGUACGAAGAGAUUAGGAGCAGCAGGGACCCGAGGGACCAUGUGGAAGACGGCUAG